UUAAGCAAAUGUAGCAAUUUCAACUUUAAGGAGAUGUGAGCCUGUGAGAGGUGUACAAUGCCAGGUACAGGUGGUAACCAUGAUAUGGACCUUCCACUAAACACCCAACCCAUGGAGGUUGGCGUUCCACCCCAGCAACAACAGCUGGGGACAGACAACGAUUUCACCUUCUUCAAGAAGUUUAAGCAGUACGUCAGUAUCAUUACUGAGAAUGAACGAGAUCUGCCUCUACAUAUCGUCAACAAUCUGGAUGAAGGAAGCAAGUUCAAGGCCGCGCAGGAACUUAGCGAACAUCUGGAGUUUAUCGUACAAAACUCUUAUUAUAACGAGUUUCUUAUCUAUCUUCUGGACGAGUUUCUAAAGUUUAUCGAGGCUGGAGAACCAAUCUACCAAGAAAACUCCAAAGCUCAGAUCCGAAAGUUGGUACUGGAGAUUAUACACCGUCUACCGCGCAAUACCGACUUGGAGCCCCAUGUGCGCAAGAUACAGAGCAUCAUGUUUAGACUCGUCGAGAGGGAAAAUGAGGAUUGUGCUCAAGUUUGUAUGAGGACUAUUCACGAAAUUCACAAGACUUUUAAACCUACAAACCCGCAAGAUGCUCAAGAUGCUGCUAAUGAGAUCCGCAAGUUCCUCCAGUUCGUCAUAGGCUCGUUCACCAACCUGCCCAUGACAAUGAGACAUGUGCUGAUUAACGAGACACCAUCUGGGCAAACUGGGGGACAGAGGGAACCUAGAAACAUACCCAAGGCCACACAGUCACUAAAAGUACUGGCAGACUUGCCUCUACAAGUUGUUAUCUUCUACCAAGCGUACCAGAGCAAGAUCGAGGAAGAUGUUUCUAAACUAAUCCACAUUAUGAUCAACAGUACUCUAACUCUACACCCUGAGCAUGCUAUCAAAAACCACGAACACUUUGUACAAGAAGCUUUUGUGGAUUUCAUCAUGGUCCAGAUCAAGACUAUCAGCUUCCUAGCCUUCAUGAUAAAACACAGACCCUAUCACGAGAUCAUAGAGAACGACAGUGUUAACUUUAUAAAGGGGCUCAUUGCCUGCUUCAAGUUCUGCCCCGCUGAAGCACCUCAUCUUAGAAGAGAGGUGAUAGUAGCUUGCAGACACCUCGUUUCCGCCAACCAACCCGAGACGCUGAGCUUCAGGUACCGUAUGGUUAACUUCAUGGACGACCUGUUGGACGAGAGUGUGUUGAUCGGGACAGGAUGGACCAACAAGGAGGGGAGCAGAAGUUUAGCUUACAGUACCCUGGCUGAUCUCAUACACCAGGUACGAGAUAAGUUGUCACUGAAGCAGCUAGCAGGAAUAGUGAACCUGUUCAGUAAGAAUGUACAUGACAGUGACCUUACUCCAAGCAUGCAGAACAUGGCAUGUAAAAUCCUCAUUAACAUUGUGGACUUUAUCAAUAAGAAGAGUGAGAAGGAGACACUGUAUACUGGACGUGAGCUGAUGAUGAGGAUGCUGGAGGUGUUUGUACAAAAGUUCCAGAUGAUAGCCAAACACCAGUUACCAAAACUCUUCGCUAGAUGUGCCAAGCAAGUCGGCACGGAGAUUCCCACUUCAUUCCCUCGCGAGGCAGAGGCUCUUAACGAAGCAGCCAUGUCAUCAGCGUCCAACAAGAAGGGACAGAGUAGUCUAGCUGUGGCUGUAGCUGAUUGUAGAGUCCUCGUCAAAACUUUGGUUUGCGGAGUAAAGACGAUCACGUGGACGGUGGGUUCCUACAAACACCCACCUACUCAAAACCAACAGAAGUUCCAGCCAGGGGAGACCUAUCUGUUUAUUAGACUCCUUAAAUUCGGGUUAAAAUGCCUCAACAUCUACCGGAUACAGGUUGGACCACCGCCGAACAGGGUCACGUACGUACGGGCAGCCAUCAACAGCCAGAUCAGGUCGAAGGAGGAGAAGGAUAUUGUGGAGCACUUCGCUAGUGUCUUUGUGUAUUCUAGCAGGAGCACCUUCAGGGAGGUGUUCGAGACGAAUAUGGAUUAUCUGAUAGACAGUAUACAAGAGAACCAUUCUCUUACCAUGAUACCACACUACUUUAUGGUAUCGAGAGACAGCAUGCUGCACAACUCUCCUUGCUCCGCUAUAUUCGCGUGUCAGCUAGCUAAAUACCUUGUAAACAAACUGGAAGAUAUGGGACUAGGAGAAAGUGACGCUAACGACAGACCCGUCCUUUACACCCGACUCUUUAAACUACUCUUCGGUUCCGUUCAAAAUCAGGGUGGUGACCGUGAUGACGUGGAAGCGGACGGUAUACUGAAGCCUCACCUACAGAGGAUAGUUAACCAGAGUAUGGUGCUAGCGCAGACUGCUAAAGAUCCUGCUCCUUACUUUACGCUACUGAGACUACUCUUCAGGGCUAUAGGCAGCACCAGUACGAAGUAUGAUGAGAUGUAUAGUGAGUUCCUCCCGCUCCUCCCCAGUUUACUGCAGAGUCUGAACAGACUCCAGAGCGGUGUACACAAACAACAGAUGAAGGAUAUCUUUAUAGAACUCUGUUUAACGGUACCAGUCAGACUGAGUAAUCUGCUGCCUUAUCUUCCUGCUCUAAUGGACCCCCUUGUGUCCGCUCUCAAUGGAUCAAAUACGUUAAUAGCGCAAGGGUUACGAACUCUGGAGCUCUGUAUUGAUAACUUACAACCAAACUUCUUCUAUGAUAAAAUAGAGCCAGUACGUGCUGAGUUGAUACAGUCUUUAUGGCAAACCCUGCAGAACUCUAGUGAGAACGACAACAACGCUAAAACCGCUUUCAGAGUGCUCGGUAAGUGCGGUGCACGGAACAGAAAGACACUACAAGACGCACCAAAGUUAGAGUACGUCCACCCAGACGCUACUGCAGCUAGUGUACUGGUUUGGUUCCCAAACUGCAACUACCCUGUCAAGCUUCCUAUUCAGAGGGUACUUGAUCACGCCCUCCACAUCUUAAAGUCCCCGAACAAGGACUUAUUCUACAUGCAGCACAGUUUACACGUGUGUCAGAGCUAUAUUAUAGCCAUGAUAAACCUUGGUGAUACCACGUUGCAGAUACAGAAGCUUCUCGCUACUAUCAGUAGAAAACAGUCUCAAGCCCCCCACCCUCAAGUUGCCCCUAAAAACAGCUUUGUUUGCACAGACGAACCUACAAGAAGUGCUUUCAAGACUGCCUUGAUGGGUUUGUUUGUAGCUACAGCAACCAAGCAGUUAAGGACGGACACCACCCAGUUUAUGAUGAGCGUUGUGAGGCAUUUCUCUUUAUUGACAGUUGUUCAGCAGUCUGGUGUCUUUCCAAUAAAAAAGAAGUCCACAAACUCGCUGGAUGUACACGUGCUAGUAGACGUUAUAGCUGAGUGUAUGGGCUCGGAGCAGAGUGAACUAGCGAACAUUGGAGAGAAAGCUAUAAGACUUGUUACAGAAACCUGCAAGUAUAUUCUUGGGUCCGCUGAGCGCGCGUUCCAGAUCCCCUUCUUUGACGUGUUGGUGGAUAAGUUGUGUGGAUUGUGUUAUGAGCGGGCCUGGUACACUAAGGUCGGGGGUGUGACUGCGAUAGAGUGGCUCAUCAACAAUGCUCCCUUAUUAUGGACGAUACGAAAUCAGCAAUUGUUCAUCAACGCUACAAUUUACAUCAUGAUAGAUCUACACGAGGAAGUGUCGUACGGUACCAUGGGUAGAGCCCAGGCUCUCUAUGAGAAGAUAAUGAGACACUGUAACACUCCUAACCCGUUACCUGCUAUAAGCGCCGCUCAGGAGAAGGUGUUCCACGGGGUAGUACAUUUGCUAGUAAAAGAUAUUAUGUCUCCGUAUCCAGUGGUCAGAAAGCAAGCGAGACAGGCAUUAUUGGUACUUUCCGAGGUCACCGGUAAAACCGUCAAGGAAAUGUUGGAACCUCCCAGCCUUCCCAAAGAUCUUAUAACGGAGACGGUUUGGCCUAAGAAGCAGUCCCUAUUCACACUUCCUGAGACCAAACAACUCGCCUGUAUGGAGUCAAUUGUUUUCUGCUCGUCUCUAGAACCGAGACUCAUUACCCUGGAUGUUACGCCGACUGCUGAAGGGCAGGGCAGGAAGAAGCAGCUGGAAGAAGUACUGACUAUUUGUGGUCUUUCUCCUGCGGAACUACUGAGCAAGUUCAGCUGCUACAAGAAAUCCUCCAAUAUCACUCUUCUGAAGAAAACUGCUCUCAAAGUCCUCUCCUACUGCCAUUAUCUGACUCAACACGAGCCUGAGAUUUUCAAGGUAAUGUACGAUAUCCUCACCGGCACAGACAAGGAGCUCCAGCUCUGUGCUAAAGACUCCAUCCAGCUCUACCAGAAGAACAAAAAGGAUGACAUAGUACUGGACACUGUCCACAAGGAGAUCCGACCCUUGUUAACUCAGCUUACCGACUGGAAACAUCUUACUGUCCAUCUUCUGGAGGUUCUGACCCACUUAAUGGAACUGUUCUCCACUCUGUUUAAUGACAAGCUCUGCGACCAGCUGCUGAAGCAUCUUAAAAAGUGGAUGGAGAAUUAUAUUUUCUCUGCCAACCCUCACCAGCACUCCAUCAAGCGAACUCCAAACGGUUUCUCAGAGGAAAUACUCCGAUGCAAAGCAAUAAUCAACACAUUUCAUCUGGUUCCACCUCCCUCUAAAAACUUCUUCAGCACGCUUAUCUCUCUCGUAGUUAGAGCUGAGAAAUAUCUUAAUGUGGAGGUCGGCAGUCCUUUCCAGGAGGGUUUAUUUAAGUACGUGCUAAAGCACCCUGGUGAUGCUAUUGACCUGUUCCUGAAGGAACUUCACGAACCCAGCAUGAACAGAAUGUUCUACAACUUCCUUAAACACAACGAAGGAGGUCCACUAAGAGCUCACCUGUGUGGCAUGCCAAUGAACCUACUCGGGGCUAUCAGCCAACAGACACACGAUGGGGAUUACACUGCCAUUUCAGAUAUUAGUAUGAGAUACCAGGAGGUUCUCUUCCAGGGCACCCUGAUAAUCUCGCUGCUGGUGAAGCACGAACCGGACUUCCUCUCCAAGAACCGAGAGAUAGUGAACCACCUCCGGGCAGUUUGGAACCAGGCUCAGUUUCAAGAGCGGUUCAAGAACCCUGAUAAGUUACAGAUACCCACUCACCAGUGGCGUGAACCUAAGCUGUUGGCGAAGUGUUUGUUGAGGUAUCUACAGUGCAACCCACACGAUUUUGAGUUGCUGUUCCAACUUCUCCGGAUCUACGAUGCGAUCUACGUCCCUAACAUAAAGUUCCUGCAAGAUCACAUUCAAAACAAUGUUAUAGAAGGGUUCACGAUAGAUCAGAGGAGAGCGUGUUUCUUUAAGUUUGUGGAGAUAUUCCAGGCUCCUAACGUACAGGGCCGUCCACCACGCUGGACUCAGGAGCUCAAGGGUAAAAUCCUACAGUACAUCAUAGUACCCAUGUUCCAAUACUCGUUCGAGAAGAACGACACAGAGAAACUUAUUGAAGGAAGUCAGGGACUAGACGGAAAUGCAAACCCGGCAGAGAAUAUCAUCAACGUGUUCAUGGAGCCUGAAAAUAGGAUAAUAGUAGACGAGCGGGACAUUCUGGAUGUAGUCAGGAUACAUCUGCUGAAGCUGUCUGCUGAGUUUGUACGGCAUGCUGCUGAGUACAUCCACCCCACCAACUGUACCAGGAGACAAGAAGGAGACAAACUAAGGAAGCUGAUGAAGUACGCAUGGCCGAGCAUGUUACCCAAAUCCAGUCAGGACCCUACCACUAAAUACUACGGUCACUUAGUUCUCUCCCUUAUCAUCAGCAAAUUCCCCAUAAACAAGAAGAUCGUUAUUCAGGUGUUCCACAGUUUGCUGAAGGCACACAAUCUAGAGUGUAGAAGCGUAGUGUUCCAAGCUUUGGAGAUCAUCACCCCUGCUAUGCCCAGACGAAUGGACGACGGUAAGGCGAUGUUAUAUCACUGGACUAAGAAGAUAAUAGUAGAGGAUGGUCACACCGUCUCGCAACUAGUACAUUUACUUAACUUGAUAGUUAAACAGUACCGCGUUUAUUAUCUUUGGAGGCAGUAUCUGAUACAACACAUGUUGACUGCGAUGCAGAAGUUUGCGUUCACACAAGCUGUUACCAUCGAGCAUCAGAAAUUAGCUUGCGAUCUGGCAGAGGUAGUGAUAAAGUGGGAAAUACAGCGAGUACACGAAGCUAGUGGAGUAGGGCUCACAGACGAGCAACUUGAGAAUAUCAUAGCCAUGAAGACUGGGUUACUGAUAAACCAGAGUGAGGUCGAGGUCACUUCAUACCGACCUCCCAGCCAAGUCAGUCUGAACCCCUGUCCUCUGAGACCUCCCCCUCCUGAGCCUCUGUCCUCGUUUGAGACACGAUAUGGAGACGGAGUGUUCAACUUCUUGUUGAGACUCUCUUACUCUGCCUAUACACGUGAUAGUAACACUAAUAUUCAGCAGAGUGAGGCUUUGUCUAAGAGGUGUAUUCAACUAGUAAAACUAGGCAUGAAGCCAGAGCUGGAUAUCUUUAAGAACUGCAGUGCGAAGAUCUACACUUGGGCAAACAGGGAGUUAGAAAGAAUAAAAACACCGCCAGACAGGACUAACCCUGCCUACUUCCUUCAAGGAAUCUGUACGAUCCUGCAACUAGUAGAGUUCCUGUUAGACAUCAUCCAGCGGGACGUUAUCCUAAAGAACAUCUACCACAUGACACGUGGUCUCUCUUUCUGCAUGCAGUCCCCCAACCUGCAGAUCACCAAGACAGUACACUCCCUUCUUGCUAAGAUGUUUACUAUGUUCCCUAUUGAACAGAGGGUGAACCACGAGGAGGUCAGUAUUUUGUACGAGAGUGUAAAUGAGAUAAUAUCUAAUGGACUGGAUAGAUACGAUAAGGGAGCUGAAAGAUACGAGAACAAGGAGACCCCUGUGGGAGCAGCUGAUAUCCUCUACUCUCCUCUCAUGAUACUGAAGGCAGCUUGUGCUACAUCUCCUCGAUAUCUGGAGAAGUUUGUGAAGGAGUAUAUAAAGUGCUUGCAGAAGUUGCAGAAGGAGCAUUGUAGUUCGGCAAGGGACAAUGCUCAAAGAGGAAACCCGCGAGAACGACCCGCACCAAACGUCUCCACAUCCGACCUAAUCAUGGUCUGCAUAGACCUAGUCAAGGACCAAGUGGAGAUCCUCGUCAACGACAUCAACCGGAAGAUGUUCUUCGGUAACCUGAUAACCCUGAUAGAGAAAAGUCCGGACCCCAAGUUAUUGCGGAGUCUAACGGACGUGGUGGCUAGUUGGGUACAGUCGCCCACCUCCGGGGUUACCCUCAAGGAGAAGACUCUUCUCCUUACCAAGAUGAACCAGAACUAUGAGAACCAUUUCCCUAACGAUCAGGAGCUGAUGGCUUCCUUCUUGAAGAUUAUCCUGCAUGUGUACACAGAUAAUGUGUUGCAGGCUGAGCUGGGCUCUAAACUGGAGAGCGCUUUCAUGACUGGCUUGAGGUUCACAGACCCGAAGUUGCGCUGCAAGUUCACAGAAGUACUGAAACAGAACGUAUCAGCAGACAUGUUCGAGAGACUAGUUGCUCUUAUCUCACCUCACAACUUCAACUGGAAACUUAUCGGCCCUCACUUCUGGAUCAAACAGUUCAUAGAGAUGCUGCUGACAGUAAACGACGGAGCUAAAUCUCUGAAUGUAUCUAACCUGGACCUGAUGCUGCCCUCUCUGAUGGUCUCCGCCAUGCCCGACCCUGCUAACAGUUCCACCAGCUCCCUGGAAAUGUUCACAACUACACUUGAUAACCCUGUACCGGCCGCUAUGGAGAUCUCAGAGGGACCCCUUACUUCCCCCACUCCUAGCAACUUACAGGUGCUAGCCGAGAAGCACGGCACCUUCCUAGAGAGCUUGAAAGACCACAAGAGUUGUGAGUUUGUUCAGAGCGUCUGUCAGCUGGCUCACGACAGCACUGAACUUGCUAAUACCUUGUGGGUGAAGAUGUUUGCGGAGUUAUGGAACACCUUCAGCAAGGAUCAGCAGUCCAGACUCUGUAGGGAUCUUCCACAGUUCCUGUGCGCAUCAAUGCUCCACGAGCAAGGAGACUUGCAGCCCUCCAGUGUAGGUUGCUUCCUAGAGAGUCUCCGUGACGUGCCCGUCCCCCUGAAGCCCUGUUAUCUCAAGUACCUGGGCUCGGUGCACAACUGUUGGCACCAGGUAGCUCUCAGGUUAGAGGAAAUGGGAACUGCGGGAGAAACCUUCGCUUCAUUCCAGCUUCAUCAGAAACAGGUGAUGGGAGAGUACCCUAAAACAGAGGCCCAGGAUAGGGUAGCUUACGAUGCUAUCGACUGCCUGACGGUACUGUACUCUCAACUUAAUGAGCAUGACAUGUGGACAGGUUUGUGGUUCAGAAGAUGUAAGCACCCGGAAACAAUAAAAGCGCUAGGAUACCAAAACCUGGGUUUCUACGAGCUAGCUCAAGCUACCUACGAGAGUGCUACCAAGACGGCAGCUGCUCAACUGAAGAACGCUUGUGCUACCACCAACCAACAGCCCGAGUUCAAACUGUGGAAGGACCAGUGGAUGGAGUGCACAAGACAGUGCUCACAGUGGAACAUACUGAACGAGAUAGCUAAAGUUAAGGGUUCCCAACAUCCCUCCUUGCUGCUCGAGAGUUCCUGGCGGAUUGGGGACUGGAACACCAUGAAGGACGUUCUCUCACAGGCGGACAGGAUAAUGCCGGACGGAGCGUCCCACCUUGUCUCACUUUACAAGGGUUAUCUCGCCCUUCAACAGGACGAUGAUCCUGGUCCUGAGGGCCCGGUAGAGUCACACUGGAAACAAGCUACCAUAAACGCGCUCAGACAAUGGAGAAAACUGCCACGGAUAGUGGGAAACGUGCACGUGCCAUUGUUACAAUUCGCGCAGCAAGCUACCGAGCUGCACGAGUCUCAGUCUAUCCAGAAGAACUUGCUUCCUAACCGCGCUAGUAUUCCUAAUAGCAAGAUAGACAUCAAGGCGACAUUGAAAGCGUGGAGAAAUAGACCGCCUGUCAUAUCUGAUGAUAUCGGGCACUGGAACGAUAUCUUCUCUUGGAGACAGCACUAUCAUCAGAAAAUCAUUGAGGUGUACACUGCUCUGGAUGCCCAGCCCGGUAUCGAUCUUAACGCAGAUCCUAACGCUCCCAACCUCCUUCUCAUUGGUCAGCAGAGCUCUGCGACUACCAUGGUCACGUACGCGAGUCUAGCUAGAAAGCACGGGUUAUCAGCUAGUGCACAAGAGUGGCUGGCCAGAGUGCACACCAUUCCCAGUGUACCUCUGACUGAUUGUCACAAGAAGCUAAAGGAGCAGAUCAAGGUCCACUUGCUGCCUCCCGCUUCUCAGCAGGACCUGUUGGCUGCUCUUGACGUUAUUGAGGGGGUGAACAUGAGGAUAAUGAACAAGCCGGAGCACAAGGCAGAUAUUCUCUCUCAUAAAGCCCACAUAUUCGCUAUGUUGGGGAGAAGUGAAGAUUCUAUGAAGACCUUCUCACAGGCUAUACAGACUAAUGACCAAGUACCGGGAGCGUGGGCACUGUGGGCCCAGUACAGUGACGAGCUGUUCCAGAACGAGGUGGAGAAGGCGAGCCAGGAGAAGAUUAGUCCCAUGGACCGGAUCAAUAUUUACAAAGCUAACUUGUACCACGCGGAGAGUGCUAUUGCUUGUUAUUUACAGGCUUGCAGUAAACAGAAAGACGACUCCAAAGUUCGGAGAUACAUAUCUCGUAUCUUGUGGCUGCUGACAUUUGACUCUGUUGAGGAGGUGCUGUCCAAGUGUUUGGAACAGUUCCAUACCAGCGUUCAUAUCGAGAAGUGGUUGGAGUGGGUUCCACAGCUGCUUGCUGGACUGGGCUCAAAGGAAGCCCGGGUAUUCCAUGCUAUUCUACAAACAAUUGGCAGAGUCCACCCUCAGGCUCUUUACUUUCCUAUAAGAAACGUCUACCUUACAGUGCGAGGAGAAUACCAGGAGGUUAUGGCUAGACACAAGAGUGUAGUGGAGUAUAACAGGAACCUACCUGACGGGGACCCUAUGAAGAAGGACAUUCCUGAUCAGCCCCCAGAGUUUGCUAGACUCAAACCUAGGAUGUCUUGGUGUAACAAACUACUGCACGUGCUAAGAGAGAUACACCCCACUAUGCUGAACGCACUGGAGAGUAUCAUAGAAACUCUACACUACAUGAAGGAUGCUUGGUACGACGAGGUUCUACAGAAGUUAUACACAGUUAUACAAAUGUGCGAGACCGAAGCAUUUGAGAUUGACCACAGACAAGACGUGUUGAACGUGAAGAUAUCUCAGCAGAUUUACAAAUACAUAACCGGGGAUUAUGCAGUACCUCAACACUGCUUCGGCUUUCCAGCAAAAUCUAGGGACGCUAGCAAGCAGACUACCAUUAAACAAAGAUUUGAAGCUGAUUUUGAUUUCAGUAACAACCAGGGCAAGAAGCUACAUAAGGUAUUAAAGACACUGAAAUGCUGGGUUAAGAUGUUGGAUAAGACGCAGAGCAACAAUAGUAAGAACUAUAUGGAGGAACGCUGCUCCUACUUGUCUAAAUUCUGUAGUUCCAGCGCUGAGGUCUACCUUAUCGGAGAGUUCCUGAACCCGAAAGCUCACUAUGUGAAAAUAGCUAGAUUCCUACCUAAGAUUGAGACGAUCAGAAAACACAGCCUCACUGCUAGGCGCCUCUUUAUUCGGGGAAGUAACGGUAAAGUGUACCCUUAUCUGAUGGUUAACACCUCAUCUCACGUCAAACUGGCCAGAUCUGAAGAGAGGUUCUUACAACUGUUAAGAAUGUUCAACAAGUCCCUACUCCAGAGAAAAGAGUCCUGUCGCAGGAAUUUACAAUGGAGUGUGCCUAAAGUGGUAGCUUCAGCGCCCGGGUCCAGGCUUAUAGAGGACAACACCAGCAACAUAUCGGUUCUGGAAAUAUACAGGUGGUAUUGCAAGAACAGGUCCCCAGAAAUGGAGGUAGACGCCCCUAUUGCUUACUAUUACGAACAGCUCGGUCGAAUGCAGAACGAGGGAUCAGUGCUAAACCGUAUUGCUCUGAACAAAAUAUACCACUUUAUACAGACAAACAUUCUUCCUCCCACUGUACUCCUAGACUGGGCUAAGAAGACGUACCCAGACCCGGUAAUGUUCUGGAGUUUCCGGCACCAGAUAACCCGACAAACAGCCCUCGACUGUUUGGUCCAGUUCGCUCUAUUCCUCAGCAGUCUCAAACCUGAACACAUCUACAUAACACAGGAGACUGGCACCUUGUCCACUGUACAUUAUCAUAUCCCUAUCAGCAAGGAAACUGUGAGUGAGACUGGCACCUUGUCCACUGUACAUUAUCAUAUCCCCAUCAGCAAGGAAACUGGAGAGUUUGUACACGAGCAGCAUAUUCCGUUCCGUCUGACACCGAACAUGAUUACACUGAUGGGUCCAAUAUCUCUCUCGGGUCCGAUGGUAUUCUCCAUGAUAGCUGCUGCAAGGUGUCUUAUCGACCCUAAACUAGGCACGGAGGCGAUACUGGCCGCCAUAUUGAAAGACGAAGUACAAGCUAGUAUCAAAGAUAUGACAGAACCGCGAGUCAUCAGUAUGAUUGAAGAUAUUCAGUCGGCAGUGAACCAGAUAAUGUCACGCCUACAGACGGCAGCGAACUUUGACAAAGCAGAAAGCAAGUUACCCUCCAUUAUAAGUUUGACAACAACCCCCGAGAAUCUGUGCAGACUGGACCCAGCAUGGUAUCCUUGGUUAUAAGAGGUGUGACGUCAUCAAAAUGUCACGUGACGUCAUCAUAAUAAAACGUGAUGUCACCAAUUCCAGUGUUC